AUGCAUGGACCAUCACAACGACAACAGCAAACUGAUUUUACCACUCGAGCAAAGGUCCAAGCCCCACCUGAGCGUUUCGCUGUUCCUUCAGCAAGACUCAAAGUUGCCGUGUGCUGUGAUGCGGAGUGUGUGACGACCGGCAGCCUAUCCCUGGUCUGCGGCAUCUCAUUGGUGCGACGGUUCUCACGACCUGCUUCUGCUGGCGCUUUGCCGCCGUCAAGCAUUGGCCAGAUGCAAGACCCGGAAACACUCCAAGGAUGCUCUGCACCCAGCGCCUGUGCUGAUUCGUCCCCCUCUCUGCAUGCGAGCGAUGGCCGACUCAAAGUGUCGGCCACCCGGGGGGUCUCGAGCUCAUAUCUAACGCCCAUCAGCCGGAUCGCCCAGAACUUUGUGUGUUUCUGA